AUGCAAAAUUUUAGGGAUUCUGGGCGAAGGUGGUACUCGCAUUUUUGGACCUUCUCAGAAGUACUCAUCAAGGGACAUUGCUUCCCACACAACCCUGAAGCCCAGGAUAUGCAGGAGGAACUGCAAAAGAGAAAUCUUAGGGAGGAGCUGGAAGAGCGUGAGAGGAGGCAUUUUUCUUCAAAGGAUAAGGCCUAUGCUGAAGAUAGAGAUCGCAGAAAAGGAGGAAGUGGAGGCCACCUACUAUUGGAAGGGAGAAGAGAUGCUGAGGAUAGGCUUGUUCCACGCAAUGUAGAUGCUGAUGAUUCUGAUGUAGAUGUCAAAAGUGAAGAUGAAGAUGAUGAUGAGGAUGAUGAUGAGGACGAUACAGAGGCUUUGUUGGCAGAACUUGAACGAAUAAAGAAAGAAAGAGCUGAAGAGAAAUUACGGAAGAAUACCUGGAUCCUAGGAGGUAUGAAGGGGUUCCAUGCUCUUGAUGCACGAAAGAAGGAAGAGACUGAGAAUACACCUAUGGGAGAGGUGGCCCAGAUAAUCCUGUCAACUCAGAUAAUCCUGUCAACUCCAGAGUGCAUGAGGUAUACAUAUUGAAUAGUAUCAGCCAUGGAACUGAAUUCCUCGAGCUCAACGGCCUCCAAGAUCUCAAACUUCCGACAACACUAAAAUUGUCAGCUACCGAGGAACCAGCAUCACAGGCUAAACGGAAAAGGUUGGGGAGUGUUACCUACCCAUACAUUGGUCCAAAAUUUGACUCUAUUCCCUUCCCUUGAUCGGAACCGAAUAUUUUGGAUGAACAGUUCACGGCUUCGAAGCACAGACCUCCAGAAGCCGGAGAUGUUGCUGUUGUUCUUGCACUCAGGGAUCCAAUGGUCAACCCGCGAGCAGUAUUUAAACUUGACAAUCUCCCUCCAUAAGUCUUCUGGUUGGGUGGCAUACGUCCACCACCAUUUGGCUAGAAGGGCCAUGUUAUGUUCUCUAAGACUUGCCUCAACGAAGCCCUUUGGUGUUCCAUUAAUGAGAAUUGAGAAGGUACGAUUGGAAUUGCGUCCUUGGAUCCAACUUCUCCAUUUAGAGCCAAACGCCAUUCUCCUCAAAGUCUCGUCUAGAAGUGACCAAUCAACAUGUUCAUGGGAUUUUUCCCAAUCAAGUUUGACAGCCAAGCCGGGGAUCUUAGAAGAUUAGUGAGAAUGGAUGCAUUCAUGCGCUACAAGUGCCCCAUCUAGGAUCUGGCGUCCCUUGACAAAGGCCCCUUGGGAUGGGGAGAUGAUCGAAGAGAGAGCAACCCUCAAUCUCGAAGCAAGAACUAUAGACAAAAGUUUGUAGGAACUGUUGAUCAAACUAAUAGAUCUAAAAUCCUUCAAUAUGUUGGCCCCUUCAAUUUUAGGUGCAAGUGCAAUAAACGUGGCAUUCAUGGCUUUGCCAGUCACUCCGCGAGCGUGGAAUUCCGCAAAGAAUUCGAGAACGUCGAGGCGAAUAACUUCCGAGAACUGUUUGAAGAAAGCUAUGGGAAAACAAUUGGAAAUAUCACUUCUCUGGGAACUAUGCAGGCCUACUCACAUCUUUUUUUUGGUUGUCCUUUUUAUUAUAGAAAAAUGGUUUGAUAUACCCAACUUUUUGGCUCACCUGAGGUUCCCCACCCCUUAAUUUUACUUUGGAUGUGUAAAGCCCCCCACCUGUUGGGAUGGAGUGUUUGGAUCUGUAAAGCCCCCCACCUGUGGGAUGGGGUGGGGAAUGCGAGUCCUUUGACCUACUGUAAUAAUAGUUAACCUUUCUCAGGGAAAAAGACAAAAAUGGAAAUUUUGUAAUAAUAGUUAACCUUUCUCAGGGAAAAAGAUAAAAAUGGAAAUAUCACAGAAUGUUGCUGCCAACAGAAUUUGAAAUCAAAACAGAAUUAAAAGUAGCACAAUACGAAAAGUUUUUAAGUCGGGAUGAAUAAUGGCUUUCUCUUGUUUGAAAAAUAAAAACCCAAAUAUGGGUUCUUGUAACAAGGCUAAUGAGAAAACAAUAUGACAUACAA